UGUUAGAGGCAUGUGUCACCUGGUUUCUUGAAAACUGUUCCAAAGACACAAGACAAGAACAUCACGUAGGAGAUGAGAUCUACUGACUCUGUUUGCUUUCGAUUUUUCGGAGGUCGCUCCACUCACUUUCCUUCCUUAACCGGUUUUCGUUUCAACGUCACUUCACUUCACCAUUGUGUUCAGAACUGCUAAGACUGUGCUCAGCGAGCUUUUUCCACGUGGACCACCGGAGAAGCAUUUUCCGGCGGUGUUGUGAGUUCCGGUUGAUGACGUGGAUUUCCGGUGAGCGAGAUCUAUCUGGGUUGUGGGAUCAGUGACAUGAGGAGCUGAGUCGGUGGAGUGGUGUGGCUUGUGAGCGAAGAUGUUCAGAUGGAGGAGUGAGAAACACAAAGUCAAAGCUGUUUUCAAACUCCACUUCCAUGUCACCCAGAUGGUGCAAUCUGGGGUGGAAUCUCUGGUGCUGUCUAUAGUUCCAGGGGACAUUGGAAAGGUAACUACGAGGUUAGAGAAAGCAGCAAUUCGUGGUGGAGUUUGUAGAUGGGAGAAUCCUGUCUAUGAAACAAUCAAGCUUUUUCAGGAGCCUAAGACUGGGAAAUUCAGUGAGAGAGUAUAUUAUUUCGUGGUUUCAACGGGGUUAUCAAAAGUUAGCUCCUUUGGUGAAGUCUCUGUAGACUUUUCUGAGUACGCUGAGGCUACGAAACCCUCCACUGUCUCUCUUCCCAUCAAGAAUUCUCAUUGUGAAGCAGUCUUGCAUGUGUCAAUCCAGAGGCUGCAAGAAAACAAUGAUAAAAGACCGCAAGAGGAUUGUGAAGGUACCGAACUAAAACCCAAUGAUAGAAGUUUGAGGACCUACUUGAGCAAUGGAGAGAUAGAUGCAAGCUUGAAAAGUGAUUCUUCUGAAGAUGUGUCUGCCAAAGAAAAUGGCAAUGGAGCUGAAUUGAGUGCUGAUUGUAGGACAUCCAGUGGAUCUGACAUUACAACGUUAAGUUCUGAUGGAAGCUCUGGACUCGACACACCCAGAGAAGUAGGAGUGAGAAAUGGUGGUGGCAUCCACCCCAACAACAACGGUUUUGUUUCAGAUGUUAGCCACACAUCUGAUUCCCAGAAACCUGCAAUAAAUGAUAUUCAUCAGAGAUCACACUGGGACUGGUCUGGUGGUUCAGAACACAGUUUGAGUACAGAUGGGUCGACAAAUAGUUCCCAUCAAACAUCUGAUGUGGAAAUUGGAAGACUCAAGGUUGAACUUGCUGCAUUGACCAGGCAAGUGGAUGUGUCAGACUUGGAACUGCAGACACUAAGGAAGCAAAUUGUGAAGGAAAGCAAAAGAACACAGGAGCUCUCAAAGGAAAUCAUUUGCGUGAAAGAGGAAAGAGAUGCACUCAAGGUUGAAUGUGACAAUCUCAGAUCUUUUCAUAAACGAAUGGAGGAUGCCAAAUUGAGUAAUAGGAAACCAUUGGAUAGUGGGGAUCUUUGUACUCUUGUUGAAGAAAUUAAACAAGAAUUGAAGUAUGAGAAGGAGCUGAACGCAAAUCUUCAAUUACAGUUAAAGAAGACACAAGAGUCGAACGCUGAUCUAGUUCUUGCUGUGCAGGACCUGGAUGAAAUGCUGGAGCAGAAAAAUAGGGAAAUGUGUAGUCUUUCCAAUAAGAACGAAGAGGGUAAAAUCUCCCGUGAGUCCGAGGGAAAGCUCUCUAAUUCUGAAACGGAUGAUGAACAGAAAGAGUUGGAAGAGCUGGUUAAGGAGCACAGCAAUGCUCAGGAGACUCACCUACUUGAGCAAAAGAUUAUGGAUCUCUAUGGGGAAAUAGAGAUGUAUAGGAGAGACAAAGAUGAGUUAGAGAUGCAGAUGGAGCAGCUUGCACUAGAUUAUGAGAUAUUGAAACAGGAAAACCAUGAUAUUGCAUAUAAGCUGGAACAGAGUGAACUUCAAGAACAAUUAAAAUUGCAGUAUGAAUGCUGUUCUCCUCCUGCUGUUGAUGAAAUCGAUGCCCAUAUUCAGAAUCUGGAAAACCAACUCAAGCAACAGUCAGAAGAACUCUCAAAUUCUCUGGCUACGGUCAAGGAUCUUGGAAACCAAAUCAGCAGAUUAGAGGAAGAAUUGGAGAAACAAGCCCAAGGAUUUGAAGCUGAUCUAGAUGCCGUGACACGUGCCAAAGUUGAGCAGGAGCAAAGAGCCAUUCAAGCAGAAGAAGCUUUGCGAAGCACCAGACUUAAAAAUGCUAACACUGCUGAGAGGCUUCAGGAAGAGUUUAGAAGGCUCUCAAUGCAAAUGGCGUCUACAUUUGAUGCCAACGAGAAAGCUGCCAUGAGGGCAUUGACAGAAGCAAGUGAACUUCGUGCACAGAAAAGACUAGUGGAAGCAAUGCUGCACAAAGUCAGCGACGAGCUUCAGUCAGCCAAAGCUGAUUAUGAGGUAAAACUGGAUGAACUUUCCGACAAAAUAGACAUGAUGGCAGCUCAGAAACAACAGAUGUUGUUGGAAAUUGACGACAAGACCAAGCAGCUCGAAAAUCAGAAGAAGCGUGAGGAACAAGUUAGUAGGGGUUUCUUUGAAGAGAUCCAGAUGCUAAAAGCUGAAAAUGAAAGGCUUAAAGUGGAGAUUUCAUGCCUCUCUGAGAAAGUAGAACAAAAAGAUAUCUUAAGAAAUGACUUGGAACUUGUGAAGAAAUCGCUUGAGGAGUCUGAGGCUCGGUUGAAUAGUAGAACAGUGGAAAGAAAUGAGCUGGUGAGUGAAAUUGCUCUGUUGAAAAAGGAAGCAGAAAGGUCAUUUGAUGAGCUAAACGGGAUGAAGCAUCUCAAUGAUGAAAAAGAGAUUGAAACUAGAGUUUUGCAGUCAGAGUUAGAAGAACUCAGAGCUCAAUACAGUGACUUGAAAAGAGCCUGUUUUGAGGAUGAAGCUGAGAAAGAAAAUCUAAGAAAACAUGUUUUCCAGCUAAAGGGUGAACUUAAGAAGAAGGACGACGCAUUAACCAACAUAGAGAAGAGGUUCAAGGAUAGCAAUGGACGCACACAACUUUCAGAUGGAACAAAACCCAAUUUAAAGAACAAAAAAGGUGCUUCAAAUCCUCAAAGUGCAAAAGAAAUAUCAAAUCUGAGGGAGAAAAUAAAAACUCUUGAGGGCAUGAUAAAGUCCAAGGAAACUGCUUUGGAAAUAUCAGCUUCUUCAUUUUUGGAGAAGGAAAGGGAGCUCCAAUCCAAAAUUGAGGAAUUGGAAAACAAAGUAGAGGAAUUCAAUCAGAGCAUUGCUUUGCAAAAGGUUGAUGAGGAUAAGGGUAUUUCUACUUCAAAUGAUACUACAAGCGUGGCUGAGGAAAAUGGUGUUGCAUUGACAUUGUUCAAGAGUAAUUUAUCUUUGGCGGGGAAAGAAGCAGAAAGAUCCAGAAUGGAUGAUGAUGAUAAUGGAGAUGGCAAUCUUUGUGAAAGUUUAGCUGAAUUAUCGGUGUUGAAGGAAAGAAACAACUUAAUGGAAAGUGAGCUUAAAGAGUUACAACAAAGAUACUCAGAAAUGAGUCUGAAAUUUGCAGAGGUAGAAGGUGAAAGACAAAAGCUUGUUAUGACUGUAAGAAACCUGAAGAAUGCUCGGAAGGCUCAAUGACUUGUUCAAGUUCAUGGCUUGAAGGCACUGGAAAAUGAAAACAGUAUAAAGUGAAUAAAUUAAUGUGUAGAAUGGCAAGAUAAAUAUGCAUUUUCUUCCCCUUCUGAACCUAAAUGCGUGCCAUAAGGGCACCAUUUUAUAGAGUUAUUCUAGCAGUUUGUGAUGUUUUUAAGUGCUUCUUAGUUACCGAUAGUGUUCAUCAGUUUUUUCGUUGUAUCUUUUUUUUUUUUUCUUAUGCGUUCAUAUAUUCAUAUUCUUUUAUUGUAUCCUUUAAAUAUAUGAUAUAAUACAAAUUGGCAUUUCUUUCAUUGAA